AGCUGAACAUAAACAACUCGGACUUCGUAUCUGACUGCGAUUUAAUCACUAGUCAUAAUUAAAACCAGCAAAAAGGUUGGUUUAGUAUAGUCAAAGGUUAUACACGGUGAAAUUGUCAUAUUUGUGCUUUGUCACAGUAAGUAAUGCUGCGAGCAAUAGGUAAGUCAACAGCAGUAAUAAGCUCGAUGAGUGCAAGAAAUCUCUGCAGCCAGACCAGUAUGCGCCUCAAAGGGAAAGUAGCCGUGGUUACAGCAUCAACCGAUGGUAUCGGCUACUCCAUAGCGGAACGUUUAGGUCAAGAGGGUGCCAAAGUGGUGGUUAGCAGCAGAAAGGAACAGAAUGUGUCCGAUGCGGUGGCUCAACUGACCAAAGCGGGAAUAGAUGUGACCGGUGUCAAGUGCCAUGUCGCCAAUGGUGCCGAUAGGAAGGUACUUUUCGAGACAGCAUUGGAGAAAUUCGGAGGAAUAGAUAUUUUGGUUUCGAAUGCGGCAGUCAAUCCGGAAGUUGGAGCGGUUUUGGACGCUAGUGAAUCCGCCUGGGAUAAAAUAUUUGAGGUGAACGUUAAGAGUGCAUUUUUGUUGGCCAAGGAAGUUCUUCCGUAUAUAAGACAGCGCCAGGGAGGCAGCAUUAUAUUUGUUUCGUCUAUUGCCGGGUUCCAACCGUUUUCGCUGCUGGGAGCGUAUUCUGUCAGCAAAACAGCGCUGCUUGGACUGACCAAGGCCGCGAGCCAGGAUUUGGCCACAGAAAACAUCCGCGUGAAUUGUAUUGCCCCGGGAAUUGUGAGAACCAAAUUUGCUGCUGCGCUUCACGAAUCGGAAUCAGCGAGAGAAACGGCACUGGCUAGCAUUCCUAUGCGACGCUUUGCUGAACCAAAAGAAAUUGCCGGAGUUUGCGCCUUUUUGGCGUCCGAUGACGCCAGCUAUAUUACAGGGGAAACUAUUGUGGCAUCCGGCGGAAUGCCAUCGAGAUUGUAAGUAAAGAGAGUAAAGAUAUUCUAUAAAUCAUUCACAUAUCAGAUGGUUACGGGGUAUGGGAUACGGGAAUAAAUAGCGUUCUAUAAUUGGUUA